AUUACCCAUUUGCCUUUACGUGAUGAAGAUCAAAGUCCAAAGAUUCCAUCUAAUUUUUUUAGUGGGUUUUUAUUUUUUAUUAGUUUUUUUUAAUAGAAGAUCAUUUGUUAUUGUUUUCAAUACUUAAUUGAGUAUCGCAAUGAUCUUCUUGUUCACUGUUUUCGCCAAUUAAUUCUGUCUCCAUCACUCUCUUUUCUUUACUCAAUAUUCAUUUUUCUAUCAUUAUUUUGGCAAACUUCACUCGAUCCUGUGAUGAUCCACUUUGGUCUAAUCUUACACGCCAACACUCUUUUGCUUCCUUAUCUUUCCUAGUAGACUUUUGGGUCAGCAUUGAUUCUUUUGCAGAGAACUGGGUUAGGCCUGAAAUUGUCGAUUUGAUGGCGGCGGAAGUGGUGGGUCCUCGAUUGUACAGCUGCUGCAAUUGUCGAAAUCAUGUUGCACUCCAUGAUGAUAUAAUUUCCAAGGCUUUUCAGGGAAGAAAUGGCAGGGCCUUCCUAUUCUCUCAUGCCAUGAAUAUCGUGGUGGGGCCUAAGGAAGACAGGAAUCUCUUGACUGGCCUCCACACUGUUGCUGAUAUAUAUUGUGCUGAUUGUCGUGAAGCGUUGGGCUGGAAGUAUGAAAGAGCUUAUGAAGCAUCACAAAAGUACAAGGAAGGGAAAUUCAUUUUCGAGAAGGUGAAGAUUGUUAAGGAGAACUGGUAGCAACACCCCAAUGAAGUCCCUAUAUCCAUUCAUUCCAUUGGUGAUGUAAGUCUUUCAGCAUAUUCAUGUCCUUCAUUUCCUCUUUGUACAGAAAAUUCUCUAUUAAUUGGAAAUAUGUGAAUUUUCUCAAUGUUCAUUGUUUCCAUUUCCUGUCUUGAAAAUUUCAGUUGGAUCUUCAACUUCUUUGUAAAAUAAAAUUAUGUUGUUCCUCAA